AAAACAUGUGCUGGACGGACGUUUUUGACCGCCACAUCUCGACGUUUUUUAAAGCUUUAAAUUUGAAAAUUUUCCGCGUUUAAAAGCGAAAUCGGGUGUCACAGUCGCUCAAUGACAUCAGUGAAAAUGAAGGCCGUCCCAUGAACGCUACGCACAUUUCAGGCAGGUGUGAGAUUGACGUCAGGUCUAAUGAAAAUAUGAUGGCCAGAGAAUAACCUGCUCUCCUGCUCUACCGGAAUACGUCGCUGUUUGAGGAUUAUCUAUAGAAAAGUACGGAGAAUUCCGGGAUGGUGAGAACAUUAUGGUUGGACGGAGGGACAGUCUGUGUUUGAAAGGAGCGUCUUCCUUCAGUGCGAGACGGUGAAAUAAAAUAAACUUCCAAAAACACAAAUUGGUAAUGGCGAGUGAUCGGGUAGCCAUUCUUACGGAUGACGAGGAGGACCAGAAGAGGAAAUAUGUCCUAUCUGAACCAUUCAAUACCCUGUCCCUGGGCCAGGUAGCAAACACGACCCCACCCAGUCAAACAGCACCACUUCCUUCCCAACCCUCUCAGAGUAUAGGCUGCAUGGAAAGGUGCUGUGCACAAAUAGACAAUCAUCUCUUGAUAUCCAAGAUCUUCUACUUUUUCUUUUACUCUGCAUAUGGCUCCUUACACCCCUUGCUUGCUGUAUACUACAAGCAGCUGGGAAUGACACCCAGCCAGAGUGGCCUGCUGGUAGGGAUCCGUUAUUUCAUAGAGUUCUGCAGUGCACCAUUCUGGGGCAUUAUGGCGGACCGUUUCAAGAAAGGAAAGGCAGUUUUGCUAUUUUCUGUGCUCUGCUGGGUAGUGUUUAACUGCGGUAUUGGCUUUGUCAAGCCAGCAGCUAUGAGCUGUGUCAGUAAGGACCCUACCAUGGCACCACCAGCCAAUUUUACAAACCAUACGCAAUCUGGUAACCAUACCAGACAACGGAGAUACUUGACAGAGGAUUUAUUCUCAGCAUAUGGACCUCACUCUAGGUACAUUAGAAGUGUGGACGUAAAUACAAAAAACAAUCCCAUUAGUAUGCCAUCUAACUCGACAACAGUGACACCCCUUACCUCCACAGUCACAUCAAAAUCUACCUCUACUACUGUAACACAAACUACAACUGCCAAACUAAAAGAGUAUAGCAUAAUCUUCAAUAAGGAACAAGUAGACACUAUAUUCCUCGUGAUCCUGCUGGUGAUUAUUAUCGGUGAGUUCUUCAGUGCCCCAGCUGUGACUAUUGUGGAUACAGUCACUCUUCAGUACCUGGGCCAGCACCGGGACCGUUAUGGACUCCAGAGGAUGUGGGGAUCUCUGGGCUGGGGUAUUGCUAUGCUGUCAGUGGGCAUUUGGAUUGACCACACACACAUCACUAUCUUCAUCCAGGGCUCGGGUUGCAUUCUGCCCGACUACAAGAACUACAUGAUUGCAUUUAUUGUUUUUGGAGUUCUGAUGACCUCUGCACUUAUUGUGGCCACUCAGUUUCACUUUGACUACAGGGUUUACCAGUCAGGUGAGGAGGAAGCCAAGAAGAAGGAUGUGGAAAUACCUCAAGUCAUUCAGGAGGUGACCCCUCCCGAGUCGACUUCAGAUGAGGCACCUGUGUGCCCUGAAAGCAACCCCCAACAUUUUCCCUUUAAAGACUUGUUUCGGAUACUCUGUGGCAUCCAGUAUGGUACUGUUCUCUUUGUGGCCUGGUUCAUGGGGUUUGGCUACGGCUUUGUGUUCACUUUCCUCUACUGGCAUCUGGAGGACCUGAAGGGCACCACCACUCUCUUCGGCAUCUGUUCAGUGCUCAGCCAUGUGUCUGAGCUGGCCGCCUAUUUCACCAGCCACAAACUCAUUGAGCUAGUUGGACACAUCAGAGUCCUCUAUAUUGGGCUGGCCUGCAACACUGCACGCUAUCUGUACAUUUCCUACCUGGAGAACGCAUGGAUAGUUUUACCCAUGGAGGUGCUUCAAGGUUUGACACAUGCUUCAGUGUGGGCGGCAUGCAUCUCGUAUUUAAGCGCGGCUGUCCCGCCAGCCCUGCGCACCUCAGCCCAGGGGAUCCUGCAGGGUUUGCACCUGGGGCUAGGGAGAGGCUGUGGAGCCAUGCUAGGAGGAGUUUUUGUCAACUUCUUUGGUGCUGCUGAAACCUUCAGAGGCCUUGGAAUGGCAUCGCUGGUCACAUUACUCAUCUUCUCUCUCAUUCAAUGGUUAUUUGGUCAAAAUGAUGAUAAAAAGGUCUCAAUGCUGGCUGAGAACAUCCCAGUACCAUCCAGCCCAGUGCCUAUUGCCACCAUUGACUUAGUGCAGAACCAGACUGAGUCUCAGCCAAAUCCAGAAUCCAAGACACCUCCAAAAAAGACCAGGCACCAGGAAGAGCAGGAGGACACCAACAAGCCCGCCUUUGUGGUGUCUGCUUCCCCCUGGGUCACCAUCGCUUUUGCCCUCUAUCAGAUCAGAGAUAUGGUCGCUAUGACGAAAAACAACCACUGCAUUGAAAGUGAACCCCCGCAGGGGACUAGUGAGCAAACCUCAGUGAUGCCACCUGAUGAAUCUACAUCAUCACAACCCAGUUCAUCAUGUCCAACAGAAUUUCCCUCCCCAUUCCAACCUGCUGCCAGUGCAUUUGUUCUUCAAAACACAGAUCUUUUCAGCCCUGUGAAAGAGCUGCCUCCAUCCAUAGAGAAAAAUGAACCAGCAGAGAACCACAAUCCAUUGCCAGGACACUCAAAACAACUUCCCCAAAAACAAAACAAGAAUCAACAAUGAACUGAUCUUCUUGGGGAUAUGGCCUUAUCAUUUAAAGGGAUAGUUUUAUCCUUUUCAAGACAGACUGUAGCAUGGGGUGUGAAUGCUGAGAUUUAGGACUUUGGACAAAAAAUAAAAAAUAUAUAUACACAGUAUAUCGUCAGGUAUUCUAUUUUAAGCAAGGGUUUUUCUUGCCAAGGCAAUAGAAUCAAUAUACUUUGCACUGCCAGCGGAUGUCUAGUCUUUUGUACAGAUUGCUUGAAGGUAAAAGCCGAUGAUGUGCACUACACAUUACAGACAGUUUAAUUGUCUAUAAGCAAACAGCUGAGGUGGGCCAGCUUCAGAAUAAUAUUCCUGGGAUUCAGUGUUUCAAAAUAGUUGCUUCACACUCUGUAUAAAAUGGGUUUGUUUUGCUAAUCAUGGUUCUAUAUAACUUG